AUGGCUAUCAGAGGCGUCGAUUUCAAAUGGUAUGAUGGGUUCUUCCUGUCGAUGCUUGCGACAAGUAUAAUUAUUGUGGCGAUCAACUGGAGGAGAUACCAUCUUUGUACACACCCAUUGCACAUAUGGAUUGUGGUUGACUACACUACAGUGUUUGUUUUCCGCCUCUUGAUGUUUGUGGACAAUGGACUGGCUGCUGGAAUGGGAUUGGAUUUUGGUCGGCAACAAAGAUAUGCCCGCUUCUGUGGAAGGAUAGUUGUACUAUCCAUUCUAGCUCUACUGCUUUACCCAUUCCUUUGGGCUUGGACCAUUAUUGGUACACUAUGGUUCACUAGUGCAAGAAACUGCCAAGGAAUCCCUAUAUCAGAAUAUGGGGUUUUUGUUGACUUGAUUAGAGUGCCAGAUUGGGCUUUCGAAGCUGCUGGCCAGGAAAUGAGAGGGAUGGGGCAAGAUACAGCUGCCUACCAGCCAGGAAUAUACUUGACAACAGCACAGAGAGAAGCGGUGGAGGCUUUAAUUCAAGAACUUCCAAAGUUCACGCUUAAGACUGUUCCUGUUGAUUGCAGUGAGUGUCCAAUCUGUUUGGAAGAGUUUCGUGUGGGAAAUGAGGUUCGUGGUCUUCCAUGUGCUCAUAAUUUCCAUGUUGAGUGCAUUGAUGAGUGGCUUCGGCUGAAUAUAAAAUGCCCUAGAUGCCGUUGUUCUGUCUUUCCAAACCUCGACUUAAGUGCCUUAUCCAAUAUCCGUGCCGAUGCAGAGCGGCCAUCAUCCAAUGUACUGACUACAACUCAAUAUGUGAGAACCCAACCUCCUAGCCAGAGCUAUCUCUUGAGACUACAGGGAUUGCUUCGUCAAGUUCAUGCAGAGAAUACCGGGUCUGUCAGUGAAGCAAACAGUGUGGAAACAACUGAAAACAGAGGCCUACCAAUUGCAACUCCUGGUCGAGCUACUACAGAGCCUGUGCAGGUAGUGGUUGAACAGUCAAUAACCCCUCGAUCUUGA